UGCUGCUAUCAAGGAGGGGUCGCCCAAGGGGCGACCCCGGUUUCUUGUAUCAAUAAUCGUUAAACAUGUACUAGUGACAUGAAGAUCUUCGUAGACGUACUAGUACUGAUGUUGUAUUGAUGCAUCAACAUACAACAGCGUCGAAUUCUAAUAAUUGUAAAGAUUGUUCUGCAUGAUGGUCCAUUGUUUUCAUGCUGAGUAGCGAUUCGGAAAAGCAAAACAUACUAAAAAUUGCAAAAAAAUUUGAUGAUCAGCUCCUGUCUGGUGCCCCAUACAACCUACGACGUAUCACAUGAUCAUGAUGCCAUAUUGAGCCUAGAACCAGGGGCUUAGACCAUUAAUCAAAUAAGGCUUAGAUCAUCAUUUGAUUGUCUGAAAAAUAAAAAUAUCCGGUUAAUUUUUCGCACGUAUCCUAGGUUUAAUAUCCGCCACCACGCAAUGAUUAAUAGAGCACAGCUAGCACUUUCACUUACAGACCACUGUCCUUGGACCUCCUGCUUGAAAAUAUAGCCUCAACCACUAUAGUUUCGAAUAAGAAGUCUGUCUGUCGUGUCUGCGUGUACUAUUCACCGUACAAAAAUGACCACCACGG